CAAAUUCGACCUUCACUAUCUCCAACUUUAGUUGUAACAACGCAUUUGUACUUCAGGCAUCUUGUCGCAUGUCUCGGUACUCCAUUUGUGCCUGUUUUUCGGUGAUAUCUCCGAGCUCCCAUUGGGAGCCAUGAUGAGCUCCUACAUUUGCAGACAAUGUAGGAAAAAUAUAUUCCAGCGCGCCGUUUCCCUGCGGAGCCCCCAAUGGCAACCGAAUGCAACCUUCAUCUCCCUGCGCAACCCGCAACCGACCCCCGGGCCACAACAGGAAGUAUCUGAGCACACUACUUCCACGCAGGCGAAUGAUGGCAAUUCGACCCAAGCGGAAGCUGUGAAGGAUGCACGGAUAAGGCGGGCGACUACAACAAAAACAUUUCAAUUCGCACGGCCCGAACGCUCUCAGGGAGGCCGCUAUUCAAGAUAUAAACCCCCAAAUAAAGAAGCCGAGCCUGAAAAACUCGGACAAGAUUCAAAAGAGGGCCAGGAUGGUCUGGAGGUUACACAACUAGAAGGACCCCCAAUCCGAAAACUCCACCAAGGCGUCUCCGGUGCAUUCUACAUAGAUGAUCGCAUGGAAGCAGGGAAUCUUCAAGCAGCCUGGAGAAUAAUACUUAACACGUAUACCUCGAAGGAUUGUCCUGCCUUACUAGACCCGAGCGAUCGUCUGCUGAAGGGAGGAAUGUUUCGCAAGUUUCUAGAGGUUGUAGUCAGAAAGGUGUGCGAGGGUGCCGAGGUACCAGUUACUCCAACAAAUCUAAUGCGAAAGUACGAGGAAAUAGGUGUCAUGCGUCCUGAUUUCUGGAAAAGUACAAUCCUCACCCUUACGGAUCAAGUACUACGCCAAUCACCGAUGGCUGCGUCGGACGCUCGGGAGUUGAAUAAAGUCCUCCCAGAGCUCAUGUCCGUCUGGCAACUCUUCUUCCAAUGUAAAGGAACUCUCGACGUCCCCCUACAAUCCGAGGGACAUGUAUGGCAGUCAAUACCUGAUGCUCAAACGCUCAGAGCUACGAUUGCUGGGUCGUCAGAACGAGACUUCCGGGCACGUUUGCAACAGUAUAUCCCCAAAUUCGUGGCUAAUAAUUGGCUUUCGUUUUCCGCCGUCGCCGUUUUCAAUAUUUUCAAUGAGCGAAACGAGCUCUCGGCGAAACUAGACGAGACUUUACGAGCACAAAAUGAGCCGUUUCUUCGACUUCUUGUCCAUGUUCUAGCUGGCGCUUCCAUGCGAUCUGCUUUCUGGCAUAUCGAAACUUCGCACGAAUUCAAAGCACUACCGGAACAAAUACAAAAGGAUGUUAUCAAGCAGAUCAGUUCUGCGCCUUCCGAAGCCAAAAUCGUGCUUGGAGUGAAAGAUUUCGAAGUAUCCCAGCCUUCGAAUUUUAGCAACGCAUCUUCUCGAGAAGCUAAGUUCCUCAAGCGCAUUUCACGAGCAAUUCUUGAGAAAUCCCACAAAGGCGUGUUGGGAAAUCUAUGGGAAGAAGUCAUUAGAGCGUACACUCCAAAGGGUAAUAAGACGAUUAUCCCCCCAGAGAUAUAUAACUCUUUCUUGACAGGUUUCAUGGCGCUCUUUGAACCCGAUCGCACCAUUGAGGUGUGGAAUCAUAUGAUAGCACACGGUCUCAGGCCUGACGUUAAGUCGUGGACAGCAAUGAUCGUAGGCUGCGAAAAAGCACGAGACUUGGAAGGCAUGAAACAGAUGUGGACGAGAAUGCUUCGAUCCGGCGUCCAGCCUGACAUCUAUGCCUGGACUGCGCGGAUCCACGGAUUCAUGUACCUUCGCAACACCAACGCGGCUUUCGCUGCCUUAGACGAAAUGGGCCAAAGCUGGCUUGCCGGGGAGCAGGCUAUGAAGGGUUCAGCUAAGAAGUCUUCCCCGACCCCUAAGGCCAAUCCUUUCGUGAAACCCACGAUUGAAGUAGUUAACGCUGCAUUGUCUGGCCUCGCCAACAUACCCCGACCCAACCUGCCUUUUAACCGGAAAUCCGAGAUGAUGCAGAAUAUCCUACUUUGGGGCCGCACAUUUGCUCUUAGACCUGAUGCCCAUACGUACAACACCCUUAUCCAGUUCUACCUCACCAGUGAAGAUUACCACACCGCUUCCAAGCUACUCCAAAAAAUGGAAGUCGACGGAAUCGAGCCAGACAUUGUCACCUAUACAAUGCUGCUUCGUUCUGCGUUUGAUGACCGUCAAUUUAGCGGGCUAUCCGAAGAGCAACAAACCUCCAAGGUCAUCUCUAUCCUCACGGAGCUUGAAAAGAGUGGCAUAAAACUCAACGCUUACAUCUACUCCUCCAUCGUCGACCGCCUUCUCAAACUACACAGUAAUUUCUCUGCCGUCAGAGCCGUCAUCGAUCACAUGAUGAGCCGCAACCUCAUCGCAAGUGCGCAAAUCUACACGUCUCUCAUCACACACUACUUCCAAGAAUCGCCCCCGAACAUCCCAGCCGUUGAUUCUCUAUGGCUACAAAUCACGCAAACACCCGGCACACCCAUCGACAAGAUCCUCUUCGACCGGGUUAUCGAGGGCUAUGCUUCCGUCGGGGAAGUAGGCAAAAUGAUGGCAGCUCUGGUGCGUAUGUCUGCACACGGCAAGCUGCCGGGAUGGACAGCGUUGACGGCUGUUGUUCGGGCACUGACUGAGGCUGGCGAUUUCCAGCGCGCGAGAGAUGUGGUUAGAGAUGUUAGUAAUGGGGAAGGGGUUGCCCAGGGAGGGAUUAAGGGGGAUAUGUGGAGGAGGCAGGAAUUCUGGGAAGAGGCCAGGCGGUGUAGGAUUUUGGAUGAGGGGAUGGAAGAUGGGGCUAUGCCUGAAGAGGAGUUCGUGAAGCCGAUCGAAGUGGAGGAAGUGGUCUCAAGCCUGAAGCAGGCUGACCAGGAGGUCAUGAAGCCAAUAGAAUCUGCGGCGGAAGUCCGACAUUCGCCGCAUGUUAAGGAAAGCGGGGACGGUGAGAGAUUUGGAGGGGUGCCCAUGUAAGCGAGUUGUGGU